CAGAGAGUGCGUGCGUGCAAGAACCAACCGCUCGGAUAACGUAGUAUCUUUUCGGUGUGCCACUGGUGUGCUGGUCCCUCCGUAAACGUGCGCGUACAAGUACGUGAGCUCCUCUCCUCUCCCUGCGGUGCUAGCCGAGUGUAGGGCCUUAACCAAUUCGUCCCAGCUGUGUGCUAUUAUAUCGUGUGCUGCUUUAGUGCCAUAUAUCAGUGUCUCGUUCACCCUGGUUCUGAUCGAAAACAUAGACCAGCGCGCGCCUACUGUGUGCUGGCUGGACGAAUAGGCGGGCGGGUGUUGUGCAGGAGGGAGAAAACACACAAAUUUCGGGGCCCCGCCGCGACACAAGCUCGGAAAACGUAUGCAUAAUAUGCACGAGUACGCUGCCCCUACUGGUUUAGCUGUGUUAUUUGCAUAGAUUUAUGUGCCCGCUGCCAAAACGUUCACCACCGUCGCCGCCGAUCACAGUGCAAUUGCUCGGGCCCGUUUCCAAGUGUGUGUGUGUGUGUAUGUUUUAGCGCACACAUCCACGCACACGCGCACGCACACUUGCUUAGCUUAGUGAACACGGAUGCGCGCUCGCUGUACAGUUUUCGGCGAAUGUGCGCAUGCCCGAACGGGUUUCUUCACGAGCUGUCAGUUAAGUCACACGGGAAUGAAGAUCGCGAUCUCCACUGGAGAUCGGUGAACGGCGUACACAGCACGGGAAAACCAGGCAUACAAUAGCCAAGGAGCCCGCCAAACCACAGCCAACAUUCGACAACAAGUGUGAGUUUGCCAGGUGGACGAUGAGAAGGGGUGUGUGUCCUGCCGGGCAACGGUGUGUGGUGUAUGCGGGUUCUGUGCGCGUUCGUCGAGCGUUAGUGUGUGCACGAGAGUAGUGAAAAUUUGGUGAAAAUGGUUUACACAAACACAUAGGCGUGCGCGCGGGCCAGAACCACCACUUGGCUGGCUGCUGUGAGCCGACCCGUCCAUUCCGAUACGGAGAAAACAACGGCAAUGAAAAAGUAGCGAUACGCGGUUCGAUAUCGAAGCCCCAAGCGCAUUCGGUGUGCCAUCGACAGUGUGACCAACGGUUUUGGGGGCUUUAAUUUCGUUUUAAUGACCAUUCACAGUAAAAUGGACCGUUUCCGGCGUGUGUGCGUGUGCAUGUGCGUUUAGCGCGUGGUGUGGAGCUUAAGUGAAUCCGGCAGGCUAGUUAAUUGAUUUGAAUAACAUUGGCAACGAACCUACCCCGUGCUGUUGGAAGGGUGCUUUGGGGAAUCAGCACACAGUAUGGGCAUAUGAUCCCGCGUGUCAGUAACAUGUCCCCGGCGCAUUUAACCCGGGGUUGAAUGAUGAACGAUCGAUCCGUAUUUUCGUCAGUUUUUCGGCAAUGCUGCGAGUAGUUUGGGUCUUAUCGCUUUAAGACCGUAAUGGAUGUAGCAUCUCUAUCCACAUCUCUAUGAAGCACUAACCUAUGCAACAACAAUACAAGGGCCAAUAAGGGCCACAUUGCGCCAGCGGACCUAUACGUGAUGCUCUUUAAUCAUUAAGUGCAAAGUCGAGUGAAUUUUGGAGUACGUGGUUGCAACGGCGAUCUUGCUGCGAUCGACAUCUAUCCUUCAGCGCAUUGUUUAUCAUUUUUUAUUGAGUGAAUAAUCGAGGGAAGAAGGAGGCACCAACAGUGGUAGCGCCUCCAAACACUUCCUCGACCGUACCUGCACACCAAAGUUAUGACCGAUUUAGCGGCGAACGCAUGUUUUGACGCAUUAUCAGUGCUGAACAAUGUACAACUCGUUGAGAAUGUGUGCAGCAUCUGCGGGGCAUCGCAUUACACCCAAAACUGUCCAGAAUACGCCAAAGGCGAUCAUGUUAAGGAUAAGCCCGCGCUUAACCUUUCAAGGUCGUCGGUUCCGAACGGCCUGCUGAUAAUGGAAACGCAGACGGGCAGCUGUGUCGUGACGUCGCAAAAGUUUGCCAAGGGAACCCGGUUCGGGCCGCUGCUUGCCCAGAAGUCCUACGUUCCGAUCAAGAAUAUUCCAUUCCCGCUCGUACUGUUUGCCGGACCGUACCUCCAGCAGCAGCCGCAGCAGGACGAGUACAGCAGCGAUCUGCAGGCCCUGUUCAGCAGCAGCCGCAACAUCUACCUGGACACACGCAACGAGUCCAAGUGCAACUGGAUGAUCCACGUUAAUCUGGCACGGUUUUCCAACGAGCAGAAUCUUAUUUGUUAUCAGGAAAACGAUGAAAUCUACUACACCGCUGUGAAGGAUAUCGAGCUGGGAGAUAUACUACGGGUGUGGUACUCGCGUAACUACGCGGCCAAGAUCGGUGCCUCAAUGCUGGAACCCAGCCCGUACGACAUCUGUACAAACAUACUCCGUUCUGUCAGCAUGGAUUACGGUUUCGAUUUGGAGAAGAACAGCCACAACAGCAGCGUCCUGCUCGACGAUGUAUACAGUCGUCCGUCCGUAACGGUUGGGCACGGUGGCAGUUCUGGGCGUAGCACGGCAACACACAGCAAUAUCGGAAGCGGCGGAUAUGGCAGUACAAACACGUUCUCCACAAAUGGAGCUUCCUCCGGUACGUCAACGCUGAUGCUUUCAUCUGCUGCCUUCGAUGAGCAAACAUUACUGCACGGCUUUGGUGGUGGAAGCAGCAGCAGCAUCGUGGGAGCAGAUUCGAUCGACAUCGACAGUAAUAACAACAGCAACAGCUUCUGCAUGGACACCGACAAUGGUGCGAUCGGGAAGGGCGGCGUGGGCUCUCCUACUUCGACCACGAUGACGUACGACACUGUUUCGCUGCCACCGAUCGACAGUUUGAUGAAAACGACAUCGCCAAAAUACUCAACCUCCGCAUCGCAGCAGCACAUCUUCGACAUGGAUUUGCUGGAUUCAGGAGUAUCGGCGAACAUGACCGAUCUGGUGGAUGAUUAUUUCAACACUUCCUCGCUUAUGCAUUCUAGUCAUCAUGAGCCACACCAUCAUCAUCAUCACCAUCAUCAUCAUCAUGAUCAUUUUCUCGAUUUUCACGAUAUUCAACCACAUCCGCAUCAAAUGCUGCAGGACCAGCAACAUCAACAGCAGCAGCAGCAGCAGCAGCAGCUACAGCAACAUGCCGGAGGAAUGAUCUCUUCGUUGCACCUGGAAGCAACCAACGAACAACGGCCGCUGCAGAGGCACGUUUACUCAACGGAACAAAUGUCGCCAGUACAAACCCAUAGCCAUCAGCAUCAACAGCUGCACCAUCCACAGCAGCAGCAGCAGCAGCCACACCUGAUGGGACAGAUAGCAGCUCCAGAGACCGAGUUCCAGUGCCUACCGAACGAUACACUUAGUCCGGCGGAUCUGAUCAACAUUUCUCUCGGUGCCAGUGACAUCAACAUAGCGUUCGAAACGGACUUUGCAGAUGCAGGAAUUACCGACGGCACGCAUCAUCUGUUAAGCUACGAUAGGGGAACCGAUGUAGCAGAUGGUGGUGCAUUCGGCGAUGGUACCGAUUUCGAUCUAUUGGGCUCAGCCCAUUCUGUGCACGAACAUGACGCCCAUUCGGAUAAGCUUCAUAGCCGGUUUUCAUCGUCCUCCGAUUCGCUAAUCACACUAAACGAUUCGGUCCACGGGGGAGCCAUCGCAAUACCGACACCACCUGCGGCGGACAUUGCAGGCCAGGCCACCGCAAUGGAGAUGGAGACGGACAAAAAGUAUGUCUGCGAAGUGUGUCUGCGCAAGUACAUGACCAAAUCGAACCUCGACAAGCACGUGCGCAAACACAACCUCUACCUGUGCGUAUUCUGCAUGAAGCUCUUCCAGCAGGCGGAGGAACUGAAGGACCACGAAUGCAGCGAGCGCAAAUCCAAAACCGCUUACCUGCACUGUCCAAAGUGUCUGAAGGUGCUGUCCAACUCGUGGUCAUUGCAAAGGCAUAUGAAAAUACACAAAGAUCUCGCGCAGGAUGAGUCAGCCAUGGUGGCGGCCGUUGAGCAGUUGGAAAAGUUGACCAGCGAUGGAACGACCGGUUCGAAGCUGUCGUCAACUUCAUUCGAAGAUUUGUCCAAUCCUGCACCGCUGGAUGAUUUAAAACCGUGCAUGGAAACACUAGAAGCUACGCUGGCAGCAACGCAAGGCGAUGAGAAAAAUGAUGCUCACGAUGCGGCAGUGUCUACGCAGCAAGGCCAUCCUCCAUUGCUAACGGAAGCGGAAAUAAAAAAAGAGCCGCAGUGUUCGGGAAAUGGCGGCGGGUCGACUCCCGCCUCACCCCUUACCACCGUACCAAGCGUGCCGAGUAUCACGCCCAGCAUUAUCCCAAUCACCAACAUGAGCUCGAGCCAGGAUAUGAUUACGAACGUGCAGGCAGCAAACGGAAAGCAACUGUACAAGUGCAUUGUCUGCUCCAAGCUAUUCAAAAAUCCUAACGCACUCGAAAAACAUCUCCGCAAGGUGCACACCGUUUAUACCGUGUCUAAUGAUCACAAAUCGGAGAAGAAGGUACUGAGCCAGUUGAACCAGAAGAAGACGUCACCGAUAAAACCGGCCAUUGCCAAGGCACUAGCCACGAAACUGUCACAAAAAAGCAAAAAGCAGGAAGAAAUGGCUGCGGCCGCUGCAGCCGCUGCCGCCGCCGCAGCCGCCGCCGCAGCUGCUACAUCAUCCUGUUCGCUUGAACCACCACUAUCGUCCGAUGGAAGUUUGAAGCAAACGCAUCACGGUACACUGGCAGUACAAUCGCCCGCAGCACUGUCCACAGAACACGGUGGGCAGCAGCCGCGGGCGUACAGCAAAAAGAAACAUCCGGCGGGAAGUAUUAGCGAUGGUGGAAGAAGAACGACUCUUGACGGUGUGUACAGCUGCAACAGUAACGCUGUGCCAAUUUCCGGAGCUCAGAUUGUGGGUAUCAACAGCACAAUCACUAGUGUGAGGAUAACCGAUCCACUGUUACCGGCCGGUACGGGGGAAGGCGGCGGCACAGCGGGAGGACCACACGAUGUAACUGGAUCGAUAGUCAACGGAGCUGCUGCACAGACGGCGGCACCACCAUCGUCCUCCACUGCGGGCAAAUCGCACAGUAUCAUCAUCAUAUCGAAUGUGGAACUUACCAAAAACAAUCUGAUCGAUACUAGUCAACUGUUUCUUAACCAAAGCGCAUCUCACGGCUCCGGAACUGGCAGCAGCAAUGGCAUCAACGCAUUGGGAAACAAAAUCGACCUUAAAGUAUUAAGCUCUACAGACAAACUACCGAAGCUGGUGCCUAUUUCCAGCCAUCAUCACCAUCAUCAUCAUCAUCAGCAUGGUCAGCUGUUUCAUCAUCAUCAGCAGCAGCACCAGCAGCAGAAUCAGAUUGUUGGGGCUGCAUUAGGUGGUACGGCAACAUUGCAACUUUCCGGUGCGACCAUUAUGGUUCCCUCGACUAUGACGGCAGACAACAUUAAACACGAAAACGUUAUUGCUGCACCAUCAGUGAGCAUAGCUACCGACGAUGGCAGUCUGUCUGAUGGGCAACGCUUUCUGAACGGAAGUAUACUCGCGACAACGGGCUCCUCCACUUCUUUAAUUGGACAAAACUCGGCAAUGCUCACACUCUCCACUGUUUCGGUGGGCGAAACGAACGGUUCGGCAAACAUGGGUGGUGUUGCGGAGGAUGUCAACACGGCUGAUAAGCAGCGACUGUCCGGUAAAAGUAAUACCGGUUCACAUCAGGACGACUUGUCGGACGAUCGCGAAUGCACACUGACACCCGAUGAGGCUUGCAAUAUGCAAACAGCGCAAACGUUUCCCUGCGACGAAUGUGAUCGUGUAUUUUGUAAGAAUUACCAGCUAAAGCGACACAUGGAAAUACAUGACAGUGUGUACUACACCUGCCCAUACUGUGAUCGCGGUCCGCUGAAAGCUAAGGCCUCUCUUCGCAAGCAUCUGUACAACGCACAUGCCGAUCGGGCGCCCCCGAAGGAGCAAAUAAACAAAUUCAUCACCACCCUCGUCGUAACGGAUGAAAAGGUACUUCGCGAGCUCGCAAUGAAGAACGAGCGCAAAAUUCGCAACAAGAGUGCCAAAAUGCAGGCCAAACUAAUUCACCAACAACAGCAACAAGAGCAGCAGGUGCAGCAACAACAACAGCAACAACAGCAGCAUCAGCAGCAUCAGCAACAACAACAACACUUACAAAGUACGACCACAGUAGACAUCUCAUCACCAAGCGACAAUUUUGCAUGCUCGUCACCUGGGCCCAUUCCAACAGAAGAUGGUGGUGGUGGUAUCAUUCUGUAUGAAAACGAGUUAUCAGAAUCAGUUUUGAGCGAUCAGGUUGAAGAUAUGCUUACAUUCAAAACCAUCUUCCCGGCCGAGGAUGGCGGCGGUAGCAUUGGUGAGUCCUCCAUCGAUCAGAUGGAUCAUAUCGUGCUGGAACACUGCGAUCAAAGCAGCACGUGCAGUAGCAGUAACCUUGCCAACGAUCUUACAACCAACCAUGUGCGGAGCCAUGAGGAUAAGAAACGGAAAGCUUGUGUGGUGGACGGUCGAGAACUGCAGCGGCUACAGCAUCAAAUGCAAGGUCAUCGGACGACCGGCGGUGGUGGUAUGCACAGUCCCGUGGACGGUAAGCGUAUGAAGACCGGUAGCUCUUCCGCUGGCACUAGUGGUGGAGCUGGUGCUCGUACAAGUGGAUUCAACAGAACAAUCACUAGCAGCAGCUGUACUACUGACGAAGCCUAUGGCAAUAAUUCGCUGCAGGAGAGCGGCCACAACAAUAGCGCCAGCGUGUCGGCAGUUGCAGCUUCAUCGCUCAAUGGCACCGGCAAUGCGCUUCGAUAUUUACGCAAAAAUCAAUUAGCCUCUCAUUCACCUACGGCGGCGACGUCGAGCACCGUAAUUGAUUUGGUCGCACCGAGCGCUUCAUCGUCCCAGCAGCACGCGGCGGCACACAGCAACGGCAGUAAUCAUCCGGAAGGCCCAGCUGGACCGCACCAAAGCUAUGCGCACCAGAGCAAUAGUAGUGUCGCUACUGCACUGGACGGAAGCGGACAGCUCAAUUUGGACAGCCUGUUCGGGAACAUAUCGAUCGACAACUAUGAGUUCGAUGAUAACGCCACCAUUCAGUCGUUUAGUUUAAUUGAGGAAAAGUUUAAAACAUCGUUCGACCAGAUCCAGGAAAAACUUGACGCCGAGCUACCGUUCGGUGAGGAGCAGAUCAAGUGGCAAAACAAUAUCAUGACAAAUGAUUCAUCAAACGAUAUCGGGGACAAGCUGCUGACCGGGGAAGGUAACAUAAUGCUGAUAUAGCUUCUCCAAAAGGCUAUUCGAAUGACACCUCUGACUAAAAGUGUUGCUUAUCACACAACUUAACCAAGUGCUGCAGAGAGACCACACGGGCUGCAUCGAAGGGGAGAGGUUUCGUUGUGUUACUAAGUUAGUUCGCUCUAUUGGUGGUAGUCGGCCUGACUCUAAAUGAAUUGGUUGAUUUGAAUUUCCAUCGAAUUUUGCUAUAUUCAGUACGCGAGUUGUAAAAGUUUUAUAUAAUUUCUUACAUAGUUUUGUAGCAGGCAACGGUUAUAACGCAUCAUCUUUGACAAGUUGCUUAUUUAUUUGAAAUAUUUAUUCAUUUUGUUCAUAAUCAAAGUUGUUUUGCAUUAAGUGGUUCCUUGUUUAUUACGAAUUUCUUACGUACCAUCAACAAAUCCAACAGCGAGACGUAUAGGAACUUUUUGUUUUAAAUUUUGAAUUAAUUCAUAAUACCCAGCUAUUUAUUAACCGUCACUAUAAUUUAAUGUAUUUUUAAGAAUUGUGUUUCUCUCUCUCUCUCUCUCUCUCUCUCUCUCUCUCUCUCUCUCUCUCUCUCUCUCUCUCUCUCUCUCUCAAUGAAAUGUAUGCUUUAAUUUUCUUGCCAUUUUCAUUUGUUUUUGUACAGUAUAAAACAAUCACAAAAAAGGAUUCGAUUAAGUAAUAAUUGACACGUUAUUUCAACGCUAAAAUAACUUUAAGAAGUAGAAUUUGCAAAUCCACGUUGCUGGAGGCAAACUAAAACCCUGCGUGUGUGCGUGUGUGAUUUUUUGAUAGCUAAUUUUUGUCCUCUGUUCCAACACGUUAUUCAAUAAUCCUUCGUUUCGGUUAAUGACUCUAGUCGACAGGGAGUGAGCUAACGAAUGAGCAGCGGAAAUGAACAGAUGCUUAAUGUUAAGGAUCAAUAUUUAUAACUGUUUACACCGAGAUUUUGAUCUGCAUCGACAAUUACCCUAGCAAAAAGUGCCAAAGCGGUGUGAUAAUGGAGUUCAUACAAAAGGUAAACUGCAAUGCACUUACUAUCCUACUUGAACCACCAGUUCGCUCUGGGAUGCAGUGAAGGGAAACGGAUGGGCGAAACUUAACUUGACUGAAAGUUUUUAAGCAUAAUGCAGAAGAAACAAAUCAUUAAAAACCUAUUGUUUAACGUACAUAGCUAUCAUACCAAACUGAAUUCGAGGAGAUCUAUGAGUCGUUUAGAAAACGAUCCCAUCCAUCUCACAGUGGUCUAUCGCCAGAGGGAACCACUAGUGGCUAUAUAAGUUACACUAAUUUCUAUCUAUUUAUUUGAGUUAAUGUACCAGUUAUUGUUCGAUGGUCCCGUUUCUUGGUUUGUGUGGUUAACUACUACUAGCUGGAACAAAUACCGUACACAUUGCGUAUACCAAAAUGAAAUUGUUCGACUAUCAGAAGAUGUGUCUCCAACUAGCGGGAAGCGUAACGGAAGCCAAAGUUUUCAUCCAUGAAUUGAAUUUUCUUUCUUACUUUGAUUUAUGAACUAUUGUAACGUUUGCUUAAUACAACGAUAUCUUAAGUAAAUUAAUAAAUAUACAGAAACGUG